GAUACUGCUAAGGUUGUGCAGGUGGCUCGAUUCCUAUGCGAAAUUUCCGCCUCAAGUCAGGGAUAUAUAACUGAAGUCACGGAGCAUUGACCUCAGAUCACUUCUUACCUACAAAGGUUUUCACAGAUUCCUGGAAAUAUGAAGAGCGGAUUCCCUAUCACGACCUGGCUCCUCUUUCUCUUCACUGUUGGUAGUCGCGGGUUGAACCUUUGUCCGCCAUAUGACGAAAUUUUGCCGUGUGGUUGCUAUCCUCACGCGAUUGCAAGCAUAGAUUUCCUUUGUUAUGAUGGAACAGAGUCAGAAAUCCACCUCGCCUUCAAUAAUGCCACCUGGGACGUCACGGAAUUACGGUUCCUAACAAUGAACGGAUUAAGCAUUGAGAAACUUCCAGAGGGUGCGUUUGGGGAUGUCUCCUUCCAAGAAAUGAGGCUGCAGUAUAAUGAAGUCCUUGCAAGCGUCCAUGCCACUGCUCUUCUCCCGUCGAAAAACCGACUGGUGAAAAUUUUUUUGGACUAUGGAAACGUGAAUGCCUUCCCGUUCGAUAUCCUCCCGGAGAUGACGGCCCUGAAAGAACUGAAAAUGGGCUUUAAUUCUUUGACCGAAGUCCCCGUCCUACGGAGCAACAGCCUGGAAAUUCUCGAUCUUGCCUUCAAUCGGAUUCGGUCCUUGAAAGAAGGAGCCUGGUCCUUGCCAAAUCUCACAACUUUUCGUCUCCUUGGAAACGAACUGAUGACUCUCCCAGAAGGAAUAGUGUCAAACAUGGAGAGAUUGGUUUCCUUCGAAUGUCAGAUGAACCGCUUGGGGCCUACCCUCCCGAAGGACUUGCUGAAUUUUGCCAGCUCCACUUUGAAUUUAAUUCACCUGGCUGGCAACGGCAUCUCGAGGUUGGAACCAGGCGCCAUCACCGGUUUGCAGGUCAAUACUACCAUGUGCCUGCAUCAGAAUUCCUUUGAACUACUGGAUGAAGCUUCCUUCCGACCAAUUGUGGAAUCCAUCCUGUCAGGAAGCGGAUAUUUAGACUUGAAUGGUAAUCCUUUUACCUGCGAUUGUGACCUUGCCUGGCUGGUGAUAAAUGAGGGACUACGAUUUGAAGUCAAUGGAUUUUGUCGGGACAACGAAAUUCCUCUAAGAGAUCUGGAUCCUGAGGAGUAUAUACAACUCUGCACAUAACACUGUUGAUCACCGAAACCAGAGAAGCCACCUGUGAAAGAAAAUAAAAUGUAUAUUUCCCAUCGUUUGGUGACAAGUUUUCUCUGUCCUCCAUACCCUGACAACUCUCAUAUCACUUGAUUUGUACAGUUACACAUGCGCACAAUGUUCGAAGUGAUGUGCAUUCCAAACAGAAUGGAAAGAAAAUAAAAUUUUUUUUGCGAAGUAUGAAGUCAAAGUUGUUGCUGUGC